AUGUCCCGUGCGCAAGAAAUUCCACCACUCCCAUCAGACCCUCCAGAAAUCCUCUCGCCCGUCCUCCAACAUCUCUCCAUCACCAUCGGCCUCGAUCACCUCACUAUUCUAGACCUGCGUGCUCUCAAUCCACCUUCAGCUCUCGGCUCCAACCUCCUCAUGAUACUGGGCACCGCCCGCUCCGAAAAACACCUAAACACAUCCGCCGACCGUUUCUGCCGUUGGUUGCGCAGUACAUACAAGCUCCGGCCAUUUGCGGACGGCCUGUUAGGGAGAAACGAAUUGAAGCUGAAACUGAGGAGGCGGAAUAAAAAGCUGAAACUGGCGCAGAGUGUGGGAAACACGAUGUACGACAAGAGCUACGAUGACGGAAUCACUACGGGCUGGGUGUGUUGUAAUCUGGGAGAUGUGAGCCAGGCUGUUCUUGCGCAGGAAGAGCACGACGACGUCGAAGAAGGUGUCGUGGCUAGUGGUACAGAGGCUUCGGUGGAGGAGGAAACGGCGCAAGCUGAGAGUUAUCCCGUCUAUUCGGAGAAGGAUCAGGAGCGCAUCCUUGAAGACGAAGAGGAUGAAUACAAAAAUCCUUCAGAUCAGGAUUUUCAGUACAGAGGCUUUGGAAGUGCGAGUACUGCGCCGAGAAUAGUGGUGCAGAUGUUUACAGAGGCUAAAAGACUCGAAAUGGACUUGGAAGGACUGUGGGAAGCGAGGUUGAAUAGACGAGAGGACAAGGCCCGCAAACAGGAUCGUGAGAUGAUGUUUAAAGACGACGAGACAUUUGAGACUUCUCGUAUCGAGCAGGAGUUGCAAGCGCCUGAAAAGAGCAGCUAUGCUUAG